AGGUUAAUGUCACUGAGUCAAAGCAAUAAAUACAUAAGACAUCGUGUUUUAUUUUGGACAAGCAUUCACAUGGUGUCCCUAUUAGUUUUCACAAUCUUUGAUUCCCUUGAAAGGUAUUUUAAACCAAACUAGAGUUUUAAGUUGAAUUGCUGAGUUAUGUUGCUAUAGGCAACGGUACUUAAACAGGUGCACAGUUCAGUGUCCGAGCACAACAUAAACCCGUUUGGCCUUAAAAACGUCCCAUACUUACUUAGAGACAAACUUUACAGACAAACGUUACAAAGGCUGCUUCUAAAUUCAUUAUGACUGACAUUAACACGUCUAGCGAAGUGAAAUGUAGCGACAGAAUCCGAAAUAUACCGAAGGCUGGGAAACUAAUACCUACAGGAGACAGUGUGAAAAUCUGUUUACGAGAAGUGGAAAGACCCACGACUCCACCGGUGGUGAGGAAAUUCCGCAAUAGCAACCAGCCCGGACCAGGAACUAUCAGAGUCCACACAGGGAAGGCAAAUGACCCAGAUGUUGCCAGCACUCUUGUUCAUGGUGUCAUCACCAAAGCACCCCUCACUUUCCUACAGGGUGAAAGGUUGCUAAAUCCUUCCCCAAAGACCGUGUUCCAGCAGAAGUUACAAGAACUUAGUGAAUCUGUAUAUGCCUCAAAUAAGAAGGCUCCUCUGGGCAGAUCAUGUGUCCAACGUUCUGAACUCCCCCCACUGUGUAAUGAGAAAACUACAUUUGGUGUAAAAAUAGUGAAAGGUUUGGGUGUGCGUGAGAUUAUUAACCCUGCAAAAACAGCACAGGAGGUAGAGAGGGAAGCUGAGGUGGCACAUGAUGCUUACAUCCGUAGCCAUAAUUCCUAUUUUGUUGGUGAACAAAUUAAUAGAAAGUAUGACUGGACUCAUUACAGUAAAGAUAGCAGAUUUGGGAUCCUCACACCUCAUUUCAACGAUGGCCGUAAUCUUGGCAAAACUCUUCACUGGCUGGGGGAAUCACAGAAGUUUUACAAUCCAGCUGCUUGGAAGAGAUCUGGGAACAGAGACAAGAUAGCACAACAAAUGGGCAAAACCAUCGUCAUGAGAGAAAAAAUGUUGCCUGUUCCGCCUGAUCACACGUUUGGAAUGGUCUUACCACCAGAUGAUUUUGGCAUUGGAGAGCUGAUCUACUCCACAGAUCCACGGCAGUACACGAGAGGCCCAGACAGACAGCGCAGCCUGGUGAAUGCAGUGAGGCAUCACCUCAAGAAGGUCAACUUUGAAAACUUCCCCUCCUUGCUAAAGGCAUUCAGACAUUAUGACAAGAAAGGAAAGGGGAUGAUUGACAAAGAGGACCUGCGUGCAGUGUGCCAUCAGUUUCAGCUGAAUGUCAGUGAGUCGGUCCUGGAUGACGUGAUGGACUACUGUGACACAGACAAGGACGGGCUUAUCAACUUUCUGGAGUUUGCCAACUUUCUCAACUGGAAGGACAAGAUGCCCAUCAACAGUCGAGAGCAGUGCAUUAUUACAAAUGAGCGUCAAACCAGCUCAGCUCCAGGUAACAUAGAAAGUGUGACAGCACAGCUUCCUGCCUGUCGGGCCUUGAUUGAGCCUGAGGACUUGGAGCCUGUUGAGCCAGGCAGCUCACUGAAAACUGUUAGAAGCCUUAGGCAGACAAGGGCAGCCCCAGACCACUUCAGAACUACCUCCUCCCUCAUCGGGGCUGCAGGUGCUGGUCGUUUCCCAUCAGAUGGACGUACGUACGGGAUCCCAUCUGUGCGCUCAGAUCUUCCAGCUCCUCGCAUUAAAAGAGUCGGUGACAAAAACAAUUAUGGCGAUACGUCCACAGCUGCAGAUCUUCUACAUCCAUCAGUUCAUGCCCUGCAAGGUGUUUAUGAGGAGCAUUUCUUCUGUCCUCGCAGCAAGGAGGAGAUUGCAACGAUCUUCAGGAAUGCUGGUGUGAAUAUUUCUGAGGAGACGUUUGAGGAAGCCUGGAAACUCGCGUCAAUGAAGCAAGCAACCAGGGAGGUUUGUGUGGAGAAUUUCCGCAACGUUCUCAGGGAAAUAAAAGCAAUGUAAUACUGAAGGGUUUUUUAACAUUAACAAUUUUCCUCAUCCCUAGAAGUUUUUCCUUCUCACAAAAAUGUGUUUUAGUUUGUUAGGAAAGCUUUUUUAGACCACGAUUCUCAUAAUUCUCACAGCUUAUUGUCAGCUAAAGUCUUUUUUAAGAGCAGGAUAGAACGCUGUUUGCAUUUCAUCUGUCUUUGCAACAGAGAAACUUGCAGUGCAUAUGCUGUGUAAAUGAUUUCAGAGUCAGCUAUGAAAUAUCUGCAUUAACAUGAAAACAUUCCAGAGCGAAUGAGUUAAAUUUUAAUCCUUUCUGUGCUGAUACAGUCUUUAACAAAACGAAAACUACUGCUGAUGAAAACUGCAUCCUCUACACAAUUACUUGUGUCAUAUAUUUUAUGGAUAAAGAUCUUCCCUGGAUUAAAAUUAAAAUGUAAAAAUAUAUAAAAAGGACACAAGAAAUGAAACCGUUUUUAAAAAUCUUGACCUAUUUUUUGGAUUAAGGCUUUGUAGGUUGCUGCCUUUUCUGUUAUUUAAUGAAUUUGCUGGAAGCCACUUAACAGUUUCUGGCAGAACACCCAUUCAAAAAGGAGGUUAUGUGAAGAGACAUACUGCACUUGCUGUGGUAUUUUUUUUCUCACUAUAUGGAAUUAUUUCUUGCGUCAUUAAAUUGGUCGUAUGCAAUGUUAUGCUGAAGACCUGAGAUGUUCUUUGAAGCUCUAUUUUCAUCACUGGGAACAGCAACAAACAACUUAUCUCCUUUAUGCAUCACAGAGCAGAUUUUACAGCCAUUAAGCAAAUUUUUUACUUUAGGCACUCUUGAGAUUUCCUCAAAGAGCACACACAGGUGUACUUUUUCAUACCAAACAUCACAGAUUUUUGGGUCCCAUUCAAAACUUGUUUUGAUCUAUAGUUUGUUUAUCUUGCCUGAAUAUCGUGUCUGUAUCAGUAUAUCAAAAGUGCACACACACAAAUGAAUGUCAGAGAAAUUGUGAUGCUGAGUGGCAUAAACAGUUUUAAUCAAAAAUACUUCAUUGUUCAAUUAAUUUGUUUUGAUUUUUGUUUUAAAAACACUGAUCAUGUUUUGGGCUUUGUAUGAAGUUGAUGUCACCGAUCAUUAAUAUUCACUAGUCACAUAGUAAUUAAUUAAUAGUUCUGAAAAUUCAUGAGAAAAAUGUGAGACAAAACAUUUCUUUCACAGUAAUAAAUAAAAAAUGUAAUUGAUAGAAACAGCACAUUUGUCACAUCAGCAUUUCAGUAUUAUGUCAAAAUUGUUCAGAUUGUAGUGAGAUUUCCACUCAUCAGAGUGUUCAGGUGCUUCAGUAGUUCAGUCCCUUGACCCUUCAUGUGCUGAGGUGACUACCACAUUGCAACUUGCUCCUAAUAGUUGCCAACCCUCUCAAAUGGCAGCAGUAUGUAUAUGAAUAAGUGAAUGAAAAUCAAGUUGAGUGAUUUUAGGCGUGCUUUGUUUGAGCAAACAUUUUCUGUUUAUUGGAAACAACAUGCCAUCUUUUGUUGGCAUAUCAUAAGCUGCUGUGAAGCAGUGUUCAGUUAUGAUUAAAAGGCAGCUGUCAGUAAAUACUAAGUAUGUUCUCUGACUCUUAUCACUUUUUUUUCUAUCUAGAAGUAGUAUUAACUUUCAUUUCCACACAUAUUUAUCCCUUAAUUCUAUUAAUCAACCUUAUAAUGAGACUCUGACAGAGAUAGCACAAUGACUCUGAAGCGUCUUGGAGCUGGGACACAUGCAAACAUACAAAUACACAUUAAAGAAAGCAUGAGGAAUUGUUUGCAAUCUGCUUCGCUAACCAGAUUAAUGAACUAGUUGGCAUCUAGCCUGGACUGAUUCACACAUCAGAACAUACAAAAAAACAAUAAAAUAACUAAUAAAAACAUUAGCUUUUGUAUAUUCACCACUUGUUUAUGUUUUCUUGUUAAUUUCCAUUAAAGUGAGUGAUGCACAGGCGUGUUAAAUUGUUUAAUGUACUCUCACCAUAUCCAUGAGCAUAUUGACACGUGCUAAGCUAACCACACUCAUUUAAUCUCAUUAUGACUCAGUGAGAUGCUUGACUGGAACUAUAAAAAAAAAAAAAAAAAAAUCCCCCCCACGCAAACUUCCGCAGACCCUGCGUAUUACCAUGCAGGAAAAUUAGACUAAUCCUCAGCGUGUUUCAUUAUGCAUGAAUUAGCGGACGCUAAUGACAGAAUCCUCUCUGUUUGUCAAAUAUGUUGUCAACAUUAAUAAUACUGCAGCAAGCUUUAACAGAAUUGGAUGACACGCAACAUUCACGAGCCUGUCAAAUGUGAUGUCUUCGACAAGUGACACAUUGCUGGCAGUGACUGUGGGCACAAACACAAGCUAAGGUGGAGAAUUUUAUGGCAGAAUUAGUCAUUCUUGCUUGGAGCAAAACUGUACUAUUCUAACUAUUUUCAUUUUGUACACGAUUUGUGUUAUGCUCUCUUUGGCCCAUCAAGAACUGGCUUCAGCUUUGUCGCUGGCAGCCAUCUAGAACAUAUGUCCCUUUCUGCUUGUUACAGAAAGUGGAUUUUCUUCCCUGAUGGUUUUUUAUCACUAACAGAAUUCCGGUAUUAGUCGAAUACCAGAAUACAGAUCUAAUAUUAACUGUAUUCCUCGUUUUUAACAAAGUUUCUCUUGGACUUUAUAUUAGUCACUUGUGGGAAAAACUAUUCUGCAGUGCUCCACAAAGUACAAAAGUACUCCACAAAUUUGGCACUGCAUGUCUGUACGAGUAUUCAAGACCUACUUUAACAACAAUUUAACCACUAACAGGUGGGAUUUCAAUGUGUUGUUCUACUAGUUGCUGAUGAAGGUGCAAGCAGAAAUGAAAAAAGAAAAAGAAAUGCAAAACUAAACUGCAGUGUGAAACCUGAGCUAUUAGCUCACAUGGAUUACUUUUACAUACACUGACUUUAUUAUUUAAUAAAUAAUAACUUACUCAAGUAAUGUAAGUGUUUGGAAAAAUGUACUUCUAAAAAGUACUUUUAUUGCACCAUCUUCAUUCACUCAUGAGCUGCUGUAACAUGAAUCAAAUGGCUGAAUUGCCACCUCCGCAUGCAGUCAAGUUCUGUCAGUCAAGUGUCUUGCUAAUGACCUACUAAUUUUAUUCAGGUGUGUUGCAGCAGGGAGACAUUUACAUGUUUCAUGACAUCAGCCCUGGAGGACUGGCGUUUGACACCUGUGGUGUAGAACAAAUGGAAUCUGUUGGGUCCUGAUUUUCAUCAGGGAAAAGCCAGAAAUUGGUGAUGUAGUUUAUAGAUAGAACAUACUGGUACUCAGAUACCAAUCACAUCAAUAUUACUUCUUAGUUUCUAGAAAAAAUACCUGUGUAUCUCCAUCAUAAUUUGUAGUUUAUUUUUCAGAUUUAAUAAAAAUAACUUUUGGAACGUGACAAAGAUAUCAUGGUUACAGCUGUAAUACAAACUACCAAACUCAAUUUGGUAAAGCAUGUAGUUGAAAGGUCCCAAAAAAAAGAAGCAUGUACAUGAAGUUGGCCAGUGAUCCAGAAAAUAACUUUACCAAUCUGUUCAUAUACUGUUUUGUCUUUGGAGUGUCUAUUAAAGGGAUAACAUUUUCAAUAGGAAAACACAAACGAGGCAGUCAACAGACCAUAAGAAGAGUAAUGGUGAAGCAUAUACAGAAUCUCAUUUAAAAACACCUGACGGUGGUCGACAGGUGACUCAGAGAGACUGUA